GGAGUGCUUCCGGUGUUGUGUAUUUCCACUGAAGACCCACAUGGCUACAGUGAACUGGUGGCUCUUGUUAUUAUACCGCAUAUAUAUGUAGAUAUAGAUAUAUACAUUAAUAUUAAACCACGCUAGUACAUCAUUUAUAUUGUACCAUACUACCCAUGGCAUGGUCGUUGUUAUUACACACUCGUAACAAGAAGAAAGACAUUUUAAGGUAAAGAGGUCAUUCUGAGCUGUGUGAGAGAACCGCAAAACAUCACAGAUGGCCGACAGCCUACCAGAGAAAAGUCGAGGGAUGAAAUUCGCAGAGCAGCAGCUCGCUCGAUACGGUUGGGCAGAAGGAAAAGGACUAGGGCGGGAUGAGGACGGUAUUUCAGAAGCCAUCCGAGUCAAAGUGAAGUGUAACAAAGAAGGGAUUGGACACAAGAAGGCAGAAGAGUUCACCUUCCAUUGGUGGGACCACGUCUUCAACAAGGCUUCCUCUAGCCUGCAGGUGGAGUCUGGCCAGAAUGGGGUGGAGGUGAAGACCACUGUGGAGACGGAGGGGAGCGUCUCCAACAAGAAACCCAGGAAAGCAGCACUGUCCAAGGACAAGAUGUACGGCUGCUUCGUCAAGGCGGGGGCCCUGCUGUCGGGGGAGGCGCAGCCGGCCCCUCAGAGCAGCGACUCGAGCAGCAGCAGCAGCAGCUCGGAGGACGACGACCGCAUGGACCUGUCCUCUAUGACCAGGCUUUCCGACGCUGACCUGAUGAAGGCUUGUGGAGGACGCACUGCUCACAAGGGGGCACGGCACGGCUUCGGAAUGAGCGCCAAGCUGGCCAGACUGGAAAAACAGGAAGCAGAAUACAUGGCCAAAUAUGGCAAGAAAAAUCAACUGCCAGACAACCAACAAGAGAAAAGCCCACCUGUCGACCAAUCGACUGCAAAAUCCCAGGAAGAGAUAAGUGAGGUCCCUCAGAAGAAGAAGAAGAAAAAGAAAAAUAAGAAAGGUGAUCUAGAAAGGGACGACUCCCCACCCCAGGAGGAGAUAAGGGAGGUCCCUCAGGAGAAAAAGAAGAAGAAGAAAGCUGAUCUAGAAGAGGACGACUCCCCACCCCAGGAGGAGAUAAGUGAGGUCCCUCAGGAGAAGAAGAAGAAGAGGAAGAAAGCUGAUCUAGAAGAGGAGGACGACUCCCCACCCCAGGAGGAGAUAAGUGAGGUCCCUCAGGAGAAGAAGAAGAAGAAGAGGAAGAAAGCUGAUCUAGAGGAGAAGGACUCCUCACCCCAGAAGGAGAUAAUUGAGGGGCCUCAGAAGAAAAAGAAGAAGAAGAAGAAGAAAGCUGAUCUAGAGGAGGACGACUCCCCACCCCAGGAGGAGAUAAGUGAGGUCCCUCAGGAGAAGAAGAAGAAGAGGAAGAAAGCUGAUCUAGAAGAGGAGGACGACUCCUCACCCCAGGAGGAAGGGAGGAGGAAGAGAGGGGAGGAAGAGUUGGAAUUGAUGGAGGCUGCCGUGAAGACACCAGAGUGUUCCUUAGAAGAACAACCCGUUAAGAAAAAGAAGAGAAAAUCCUGCCGGGGAGAAAAGGAGACGGAAGAGGAAUGUCCUCCAAAACCCAAGACAAAGAAGAAGAGGAGGAAGGAGAAAGAAGAGGAGACCAACAUGGAUGAGGAGGAGAGGAGCGUAGAGGAGGAUCAGACUCAGGAGGAGGCCCAAGCUGCUGUGCAUCCCAAGAGGAGGAGGAAGAAGAAGGAGAAGGAGGAGACAAUAAUAGAGGAGGAGCAGACUAAGGAGGAAGCCCAAGCCGCUGCUCCUCCCAGGAAGAAGAGGAGCAAGGAGUCCAGAGAGUAGGAGACGGGGUCAGCAGUCGUUUGUUUCAGUCCAUCCUUCAGGAAUUUAUUGAAAGACUGUUCACUGUGCAUUGUUAAAUUAACAUGUCAUAAUAUUAUAAACGUAUCUCUUUGCCUUAUCGAAAUAUAAAAUAUUUCCUGAAUAUAUAUAUAUAUAUACCCAGAUGGUCAACAUGUUUUAGAUGUUUUUUGCUCGGAAGAAUCGGGCGUGUUUACCAUAAAGGAAUACUCCCAUCCGAAAAACUUAAUGUAAACUUGCACCAAAAUUCAAAUCGAAGAAAUAAUUUAGAUUAUAAGAAUAUAUUAAAAAAAGUGGAAAGGUUGAAAAAAUAA